CUAAAUUCACUUCAUGUGCUUCCAAAUCCUUAGGACAACAUUUGGUUUAGACACCAAGAAAAAACUGGAGGGAUUCCAUGGGCCUAAAUGUAAUUACUCAACCCUGAAUUAAAGGCAUAGGCACAUAACUUAUAUCCCACGUGUUUGGAGUAACAAGAAGAGAUCAAAAUCUCUGCUUUUGUCAUUGAAGUAAAUGUUUCUAGACUUAAGACACAUUUGUAGAGAGAGAUGAUAAGAGUUUGGUCAGAUGCAUGAUUAAAUCUUGAAGAAAAUAAAUCUUGUUUUGGGCAAAUAGAACCUUGUUGGGAUCUUCCUCUGGGUGAAAUGGCAAUGAAGGUGGCAGUCAGAUUUUUCAAGUGGUGAUCAAGCACUGUGUGUGUCUCAGCCAAGACAUCUUGUGUUUCCUCUGCUGCUUUAAUUGCACAAAAAGCCAUUGACCUAAUUUUGUGACAGGACUGUACCAACAGUGUUUUCUAGGGCUGCCUAUGUUUUCUCACAGCUCACCACCUAAUACAAACUUUGACUAUUAAAAAAAAGGUGCACUGUGAAUGGUUUUAAGCUCAGACAAGAUUGUCACCCUUAACAGCUUGGUCAGAGAGAGGGGGAGUAUUUGUUUCAGCAUGAAAAUCUCAUCUGCAACAGUUAAAGCUGGUAAUUCCAGAGUUUAGGUGCCUGACAUGCCCAGAGCUGCUCUAGUCCCUGGGAUGCUGAGCUCUCUGAGCUGGGUAAAGCUCUGGCAGGAGCCAGUUUAUAAUGAAUUACUGUAGGAAGAAAAUAUGAAAGCUCAUGGGAAACAUCAGCCUGACACAAGAGCUGUUUCUGUUCAGGUGGCAUUCUAAUCCAAGUGUGUCGGUGCAUCACUACAACAAAAAUUGAUUGGACUGCACAUCUAGCAGGUAGAAUUUUGUGAACAAAACCGUAUUUCCUGACUGGCUUCCAGAGGAUUCGUUCAUGCCUUAUUUUUCUUAGGCUCUUACUGGAUAUUGUUCUUCCAAAGAUUCAGAUGACUGGUUGGGCAGAAGACCUUGAGCAAAAUUCUGUACUGUGCGUGCCAGAUGUGUUGAGGAAUUGAUUUACUCACUGUAAGCAAAAUAGCUGCUUUUGGUUGAAGCACUGAAUCCAUUCAGAUGAAGAGUGUCAAAAGGAGUCUGCGAAUGAGACACCAAGAUGGCAGUUCCACUGGGGAUUGAGAGGUUGAGGAAAUGGACUAAUGCAUGAGUGCUGGGAUGUCUGUCCAAGAAAAGGAUGUUAAAACGUGGACUCUCAUGUUAUUAAACCAGAGAAGAUCUGGGUUGUGAUCAUCCUCUCAAAAUGGACUUUGCAUUUGAAUUAAUCAGUGACUAUCCAAUGAUGGAUCUGUUUGAGGACUGGGUGGCAAAAUUUUCCUUUUGGGUUGUGUUUGCAUGACAGGCAAAUUAAUUUGGUACAAGAUCUGUUGCUACCCCUUUUGAGAAAAUGUAAUUUUUUCAAGUGACUUUAAAUAAAAGGUUUUGGUUUAUUUCACACUUUGUGUUUGUCCUUUCUGGCUGAAUUUUUUUUUUUAUUGUGUUGAUAUUGAAGUGGGUUACAUUUUUGGUUGCUAUUAAACUGAGAAAUACUUUAGCUGAGUACUGAAGGCAAGGUAAAAUUUUGUGCUAUACUUGAUUUCAAAUGUGGUUUUCAUUCGCAAAUUAUGUUCACUUUGCCAUGACUUCCAAUGAAUUUGUAUUCGCUGGUUUGUUCAUUGAGGUGCUUAGUAUGAGGGGUUUUCAGUACUUGGCCUACUGUCAGGACACUGCUGCUGAACUUUGUGAAGUUAUUUUAAGAUGGAAUUGAUACCAGUUGAAGGCUGAGAAAAUAUCACAAUAAAGGAGUACUCUAAUGUUUUGUGUAACUUUUUUAGGUAUGUUCUUGGGUUGUGUGUGGGUACAGAAGCUUUUCAACAGAUUUCCUGGACUACAGACUUCCUGAACAGUCUCUUUGGUCUUAAAAAUUGUUCUGUGCGAGUGUCCAAUCUGCUUCACUGCUCUUGCAUGUAGCCUUAGUGUCGUGAUACUGUGCCAUGUGUUUGGUGAGAAAAAACUGAGUUGUUUUUGAUAGUGCUACAGAUUACAUGUUAACCUUUGCAAAUGAAUUGUAAAAUUAUUCUAAUGCUCGAAGUCAUGAUUUCCUUACAGGUUUCUAGUGGAUCUAAUAAUUUAAUGGUAGCCAUUUCUUCUCCAUAUAUUUCACCUGAAACUCAAAGUUGUCUUUUGUUUUGUGCUGGAGGGCCAAGAUGAUAAACCUGGUGCUGAGAUAACCUUGAUAUUAUCUUUGAAAACCCAGGCAAAAUCCUGUUCAUUGUCUGUGUUUAACCAUUUGCCUUGUUCAGACUUCUUUGGAAAUACCCAUUUUUGCCCUGAUGAGUUGCUCAUACCUGUUCCAUUCAGCCAUUUUAAUGGUACACACUUGCUCCAGUUUGGUUUUGCCAUGUGUUUUUAUGGUGGAGUUGGAUGCUGGGACCAACCUGAAGGGUUUCUCAUUCACAUGAGUGGAUUUUCCUUAGUGUUACCCAGAAAUGCUUGGAAUGGUCUUGCAUUGUGGUUUUUUCGUUCUUGCAGUUGAGGUGCAAGGAGUCUUCUGUGAAUAAUUGGUAAAGUGGAAUUUUUUUAAAUGGCUUGUGGCAUUGGAGAGUUCAUUGUGAAACCCCUGUGGAAAGAGGAUAGGUGGUUGUAGGAGAUGAAUGGCAGGUCUGUGGAGGAAUUAAAGGGGGACUGUGUUGGUUCUACUGGUUGAAUGGUUUUGAGCUGUUGGGAUGCUGUGUCAUGGAUGUUCCCAUAGAACCCCAAAGUAGCCCAUUGCCCGUUUGUCCUCUGGUGGUCCCCCAGUGGCUGAUGGCUCUGUCUUAUUGUGAUGCUUAUGAAUAUGCAAGAUGUCCUUGUGCUUUAAGGAGUUGGUUUUGCUCGUGGAAGACAACUGGUAGUCAGUAUCAAGCGGUCAGGGGCUGCUUGGAUCACCUCCAUUCCCUUGGUGAUACAUCUUCCCAAUUCCAGGAUGUUGUGUUUGGAGGUGUCCAUUGAUUGAUUUGCAGUUCUGCAGCUUGGUUACUGUGCAGCUUUAAAAUUAAUUCGUUGUGUUAAAAAUCUGUUAAUGACCAUGAAUGGGUUAAGAAAGUGCAUUAGAAAUAAGCAAUUCGAUGGUGUUGGACUGACUUGACCGCAGUGCCUUGGCAUAGCUGGUAGAAAUGGUGUGGCUGUUGGAUUUGAGUUGUUGGGGGAAACCACUAGGGAGGCGCUGUGGAGCUGGAGGGCAAUCUCGGCUCUGUGGGGUUGGUUUGGGAGUGGGUGAUGCUCCUGUCCCCCCCUGCCAGUGCCAGCACUGGGGGGCAGAGGGAACAGCUGUUGUCUGGGGAUUCUGCCACCGAACUGGGGGGAAGCUAAGCUGCCCCUUGGGUGGGGUGACCCCCAGAGUGGGCUGUUGCUGCCUACAUGGCUGUGAGCUCCAGUUCCAUGCCUUCAAAAUGGCUUGUAACAGCACCACUUCCUGUCCAGGGAGGAAGUAAUUUUAGCCCAGGCACUGAAAUAUUUAGCAAAUCUUUAAAACAAAAGGCACAAAUUCCAUUUCUUUCUGGCUUCCAAAGGGUGCCUGAGCCACAUGGGGUUAAGGUGCCCCUUGAGCUGGGGUAGUUGGAAGGAGUCAGGGCUGUGGGGUAGCAGGCACCCUUUAGGUGGAGGCUCUCUCUUUUUUUGGUAGAAAUGAAGGGGUGGGUCUAUGGUACAUCACCUGAGUUGUGGGGUAAAUGUAGAGAGUGUCAAUCAAAGGCAGAGCUCAGAGCUGGGAAGGAGCUCUAGAUGGCGGCUGUGCCUUAGAGAGAGCGCGCUCAGCUCCGUGCCUUCCCCAACACUUUACGCAACUUUCCCUAACUUUCGGGCAGCCUCAGGGGGCCCCCACAGCCCCUUGCCUCUCCUAGGCACUAAUCGGGGGCCGAGCGGACCUUUUUCGGGCAGAAAAGCAGCUUUUGAGGGCUCCUUUUUCGUGCCUUGCUGGAAAGAAGAAGCCGUGGAGAGAGCCCAGGUCGUUGUUUUUCCAGCUUAGAAGCCAUGGCGUACCUCCAUUUUUGUGCGCUCUCCUAAUGAGCUUUUUCCCCCGGACAUUUUUGUACUAAUUACCGCUUCUUUUGCUUUAUCGGCAGCAUAUUUUUGGGAUUAGAAUAUAUAUUUUUUUUUCAUUUUCUGAAAUUUGUAUUUUAUCGGUAUAAUUCUAAAUAUUUUGGAUCUAAUGUUUUUCCACUACCCGAAACUAAUAUCGACUUGGUCCUGGCGGCGGUGCAUGGAUCAGGUAGGUGAGCAAUUAAUAAUAAUAAUUUUUAAAUUUCUGCCGUUUUGAGUACUUUGAUUUUCGACCGAUUUGUGCUGUAUUGGGAUGACGCAAUAAGAUACAGAGAUUAUUUGCAUCCAGUGUUACUUUGGGAAAGUUUGCAGGAUGCUCCUCUCCUAUGUUUAUUCUCAGGUUUUUCUUGUAAAAAUGAUUAUUUGUUUUAAAUCUCCGGUUUGCCGUGUUGAUCAGUGUUGUGUAUUGUUAUAACAAUAUCAUUGCAGCGUCAGGACUUUGUUCCUGAUAAUGAAAGCCAGUGAAACGAACUGGGACCUUACCUUUCUUUCAACUUUUGACAGUAAAUACCUGGGCACAGGACUUCAAAGCAAACAGACACCCCUGACCCCCUUUUAAUAUUUAAGAAUAAAAAGAUGAUGAGAAAUAAGGACAAAAGCCAAGGAGAGGAGGGUUCAGUCCACAGCAAUGCAUCGAGUCACUCGGCAUCCGAAGAAGCCUCUGGCUCUGACUCUGCAAGCCAGUCUGAAAGUGAGCAGGGCAGCGAGUCAAACAGCAGCUCCGAGUCCUCUGAGAGUCAGUCUGAAUCCGAAAGUGAAUCAACUGGUUCCAAAUCCCAACAGACCCCUCCUGAAACCAAAGAAAAACCAGCCUCUAAGAAGGAAAGGAUAGCAGAUGUUAAAAAGAUGUGGGAAGAAUAUCCUGAUGUUUAUGGGGUUAGGAGGUCAAACCGAAGCAGACAAGAACCGUCACGAUUUAAUAUAAAAGAUGAGGCAAGUAGCGAAUCUGAAAAUGAGAGCCCAAAAAGAAGACGCCAGAAGCAGUUGAAAAGAAAAAUUAAAUGGAAAAGAGAGGUCUCUGCCGGAGAAGAGGAUGAAGAUGGAGGGGAGCAAGGCACCAGUGGAGAGAGUGAGCCUGAACCGAAGAAAAUUAAAGCAAGAAGGCCUGUCCAAAGGAGAACAGUGGCCAAAACUGGUGUUAAAAAGCCCCACAAAAUCCAGCGUGGGAAGAGGAAGAAACCAGACUCAUCUGAAGAUGAUGAUGAUGAUGAAGACGAUGAGACCCCCAAGAGACAAACUCGGCGAAGAGCAGCCAAAAAUGUCAGCUACAAAGAGGAUGAUGAUUUUGAGACGGAUUCUGAUGACCUGAUAGAGAUGACUGGGGAAGGUGCUGAUGAACAACAAGACAACAGUGAAACUAUUGAGAAAGUCUUGGACAUCAGGCUUGGAAAAAAGGGAGCCAUUGGAGCUUCCACCACGGUGUACGCGACCGAGGCCAACGGCAACCCCAGCGCUGACUUCGACCCGGAGAAGGAUGAGGGGGAAGUUCAGUACCUGAUCAAAUGGAAGGGCUGGUCAUACAUCCACAGCACGUGGGAGAGCGAGGAGUCCUUGCAGCAGCAGAAAGUGAAGGGCCUGAAAAAGCUCGAAAACUUCAAGAAAAAAGAGGAGGAGAUCAAGCAAUGGCUGGGCAAGGUAUCACCUGAAGAUGUAGAAUAUUUCAACUGCCAACAAGAGCUGGCUUCAGAGCUGAACAAACAGUAUCAAAUAGUGGAGAGGGUAAUUGCUGUGAAGACCAGCAAGUCUGCCACGGGACAUUCAGAUUUCCCAGCAAACAGUCGCAAAACAUCCUCGAAUGACCCCGAAUACCUGUGUAAGUGGAUGGGGCUGCCCUAUGCUGAGUGCAGCUGGGAAGAUGAGGCUCUGAUCAGCAAGAAAUUUCAGCACUGCAUUGACAGCUUCAACAGUCGUAACAACUCCAAGACGAUUCCCACCCGGGACUGCAAGGUGUUGAAGCAGAGGCCGAGGUUUGUUGCCUUGAAGAAGCAGCCCUCGUACAUCGGUGGGGAGAACCUGGAGCUGCGGGAUUACCAGCUGGAGGGCCUCAACUGGCUCGCUCACUCCUGGUGCAAGAACAACAGCGUGAUCCUGGCUGAUGAAAUGGGACUAGGCAAGACAAUUCAGACCAUAUCAUUCCUGUCCUACCUGUUCCAUCAGCACCAGCUGUACGGCCCUUUCCUGGUGGUCGUGCCCUUGUCCACCCUCACCUCCUGGCAGAGGGAGUUUGAAGUGUGGGCGCCCGAGAUAAACGUGGUGGUUUACAUUGGAGACCUCAUGAGCAGGAACAUGAUACGUGAAUAUGAGUGGAUCCAUUCUCAGUCUAAAAGAUUGAAAUUCAAUGCACUUAUCACAACAUACGAGAUCCUCCUGAAGGAUAAGACUGUUCUGGGAAGCAUUAACUGGGCCUUUCUAGGCGUGGACGAAGCCCAUCGGUUGAAAAAUGAUGACUCCUUGCUGUACAAAACAUUGAUUGAUUUUAAGUCCAACCACAGGCUGCUGAUCACCGGCACCCCGCUUCAAAACUCGCUCAAGGAGCUCUGGUCCCUGCUGCACUUCAUCAUGCCAGAGAAGUUUGAGUUCUGGGAGGAUUUUGAAGAGGACCACGGGAAAGGUAGAGAGAAUGGCUACCAGAGCCUCCACAAAGUCCUGGAGCCGUUUCUCCUGCGCAGAGUGAAGAAGGAUGUAGAGAAAUCUUUGCCAGCCAAAGUGGAGCAGAUCCUCCGGGUGGAAAUGUCUGCUCUGCAGAAACAGUAUUACAAGUGGAUUUUGACAAGAAACUACAAAGCUCUUUCAAAGGGAACAAGGGGAAGCACAUCUGGUUUCCUGAACAUUGUGAUGGAAUUGAAAAAGUGCUGCAACCAUUGCUACCUUAUCAAACCUCCUGAGGAAAACGAGAGAGAGAAUGGCCUUGAGACCCUGCAGUCUCUGGUCAGGAGCAGUGGAAAGCUGAUUCUCUUGGAUAAGCUGCUGACCAGGCUGCGGGAGAGAGGCAACAGAGUGCUGAUCUUCUCCCAGAUGGUGAGGAUGCUGGACAUCUUGGCAGAGUACCUGACUAUCAAACACUACCCUUUUCAGCGCUUGGACGGCUCGAUCAAGGGGGAGAUCCGAAAGCAGGCGCUGGAUCACUUCAACGCCGACGGCUCCGAGGACUUCUGUUUCUUGUUGUCAACACGAGCUGGGGGGCUGGGAAUAAAUUUGGCCUCUGCUGAUACUGUUGUUAUCUUUGACUCGGACUGGAACCCCCAAAAUGAUCUUCAGGCUCAGGCCCGAGCUCACCGGAUCGGACAAAAGAAGCAGGUGAAUAUUUACCGCCUGGUCACAAAGGGGACAGUGGAGGAGGAGAUCAUUGAGAGAGCCAAGAAGAAAAUGGUGCUGGAUCAUUUGGUUAUCCAGCGUAUGGACACCACUGGCCGGACUGUUCUGGACAACAACUCCGGGAGAUCCAACUCAAAUCCCUUCAACAAAGAGGAGCUGACAGCUAUUUUGAAGUUUGGAGCUGAAGAUCUUUUCAAGGAGCUUGAAGGGGAAGAGUCAGAGCCUCAGGAGAUGGACAUCGAUGAGAUUCUGCGUCUGGCUGAGACACGGGAGAAUGAAGUGUCCACCAGUGCCACCGAUGAGCUGCUCUCCCAGUUCAAGGUUGCCAACUUUGCAACCAUGGAGGAGGAAGAGACAGAGCUGGAUGAGCGGUCCCAGAAGGACUGGGAUGAUAUCAUUCCAGAAGAGCAGAGGAAAAAGGUGGAGGAGGAAGAAAGGCAGAAAGAAUUGGAAGAAAUCUACAUGCUGCCUCGAAUCCGGAGCUCAACUAAAAAGGCUCAGACAAAUGACAGUGAAUCGGAUGCAGAAACCAAGAGGAGGCUUCAGAGAUCAUCUGGAUCAGAAAGCGAGACUGACGACACCGACGACGAGAAGAGACCGAAGCGCAGGGGACGCCCUCGGAGUGUUAGAAAAGACACUGUGGAAGGAUUUACUGAUGCUGAAAUCAGGAGGUUUAUCAAGGCUUACAAGAAGUUUGGAUUGCCUCUUGAACGGCUGGAGUGCAUUGCCCGGGAUGCUGAGCUCGUGGAUAAGUCUGUGGCUGACCUGAAGCGAUUAGGGGAGCUCAUCCACAACAGCUGUGUGUCAGCAAUGCAGGAAUAUGAGGAGCAGCUGAAGGAAAAUCCAGGGGAAGGGAAAGGACCUGGAAAGAGACGAGGUCCUACUAUCAAGAUUUCUGGUGUCCAAGUCAAUGUGAAAUCCAUCAUCCAGCAUGAAGAGGAGUUUGAAAUGCUGCACAAAUCCAUUCCCUCGGACCCAGAGGAAAGGAAGAAGUACCGCCUGACGUGCCGUGUCAAAGCUGCUCAUUUUGAUGUAGACUGGGGAGUGGAGGAGGAUUCUCGCUUGUUAGUGGGAAUUUACGAGCAUGGUUAUGGAAACUGGGAGCUAAUUAAAACAGAUCCGGAGUUGAAGUUAUCUGAUAAGAUCCUACCUGUUGAGACAGAUAAGAAACCUCAGGGAAAACAGCUCCAGACCCGAGUUGAUUAUCUACUGAAACUGCUGAAAAAAGAUCUGGACAAGAAAGAAAACAUGAAAGAUGGGGAAGAGGGCAAGCUAAAGAAGAGGAAACCACGGGUAAAGAAAGAGAACAAGGCUCCCAAAGUCAAAGAUGAGCAUGGGAAUGAACUCUCCUCUCCUCGGCACUCAGACAACCAGUCAGAAGAAGGUGAAGUCAAGGAGGAUGGCUUGGACAAGAGCCCAGUGAAAAAGAAACAGAAGAAGAAAGAGAACAAAGAGAACAAGGAAAAACAGACAUCCUCUAAGAAGGAAAAGGAAAGCGAUAAAGAGAAAAAGAAGGCAAAAGACAAGAAAGAGAAGCCUAAAGGUGGCGAGGCCAAAUCUGGAAGUAAAGGGAAGAGAUCGCAAGGUCCCGUCCACAUCACUGCAGGGAGCGAGCCAAUCCCCAUCGGAGAAGAUGAGGAUGAUGAUCUGGACCAAGAAACAUUCAGCAUAUGCAAGGAAAGGAUGAGACCAGUCAAAAAAGCGCUGAAGCAACUUGAUAAGCCUGAUAAGGGACUGACAGUUCAAGAACAGCUGGAGCACACGCGCAACUGCCUCCUAAAAAUCGGUGAUCGCAUCUCUGAGUGCCUUAAAGCCUACACUGACCAGGAUCACAUCAAGCUGUGGAGAAGGAACCUAUGGAUAUUUGUGUCAAAAUUCACAGAAUUUGAUGCCAGAAAACUACACAAACUCUACAAGAUGGCUCAUAAGAAAAGAUCACAGGAAGAGGAGGAGCAAAAGAAGAAGGAGGACAUGUCCAGCAUGAAGAAGCCGUUCCGCCCAGAGCCUUCAGGCUCCAGCCGCGAUUCCGUGAUGUCCCAGUCUCACGUGCCUCACAAUCCUCAUUCCCAGAAGAUCCACAUGCCCCCUUCCCACACCCAGCAGCAGAUGCAUGGGCACCCACGGGACAACUAUGGCCAUCCAAACAAGAGGCAUUUCAGCAACACAGACCGAGGAGACUGGCAGAGGGAUCGAAAGUUCAACUACGGUGGCAACAGCAACCAGAUGUGGGGCGGGGAGCGGCACCACCAGUACGAGCAGCACUGGUACAAGGACCACCACUACGGGGACCGGCGGUCGCGGGGGGAUCCCCACCGGAGCUCCGGCAACUACAGACCAAACAACCUCUCCCGCAAGAGGCCGUACGAGCAGUACAACAGCGACCGAGACCACAGAGGCCACCGAGACUACUAUGACAGGCACCACCACGAUUCCAAACGGCGGCGGUCGGACGACUUCAGGCCUCAGAACUACCACCAGCAGGAUUUCCGGCGGAUGUCUGACCACAGGCCGCCCAUGGGAUACCAUGGCCAAGGACCUUCGGACCACUACCGGUCCUUCCACACAGACAAACUGGGAGAUUACAAACAGCCCCUCCCUCCAUCUCACCCUGCAGUGUCGGACCCUCGCUCACCCCCCUCUCAGAAAUCCCCCCACGAUUCCAAGUCACCUCUUGAUCACAGGUCACCCCUGGAUAGGUCAUUGGAACAGAAAAACAAUCCAGAUUAUAACUGGAACAUUCGGAAAGCAUAAAGUGACUGAGAGGGGGAAGUGCACGUCUGAAAUACUUGGAUUGAUGCGACGGUGGCUGCUUUCUCCAAGCCAGCAACGAGAAACUCCGAACAUGCUGCUAUCAUCUGGCUGGGUCAAGGAGGAUUUUGGGGGAGUGGGUGGAGGAAGAUUUUCCCUAGUUCUUGAUUCUGGUUUAGAUUCCCAUUUCCUUUCCCUUUUUUUACCAUUGAACUGUUCUAUCAUGGAACCAGCCUUGCUGCCUCGUUCUUUGUUUUGUUUUUGUUUUCCUCAGUCCAAUGGACCCAAGGGAAUUUUCCCCAGCCAGUGUUUCCUCAGAAGGAGAAGGCAGAUCGAUGCUGCUUAGGAUGGUGCACAAGGCUGUGUGCCUGCUCUGACUUGAUGUUACGUGACAGAUGCUGCUUUGGGGUUGGGGAUAAACUGCUUGGGCUGGGAUUUGUGUGUCACCAGCAUGGGGCAAUGGGAGGAUAUAUUCAAGGAGGGACAGGAAAGUCCCUCAGCAGCCAAGCUUGGUUGACAGAGGGACUUAUGUCCCUGCAGGAUGACUCCGAAGGAGCUGGAGCCAUGCUGGUGACAAUCCAUCAUUUUCCUGGCCAUGUUAUCAUUUCCAUGUCUUUAUCCAUUUCAAGAAACUGGCUCUGCUUUGAUUGCUGUUGUGUCCCCUGCAACAGAAGAGGUGGGGGGGAACUUCCUCCCAUCUCCAGAGCUGGAACUGGCAAAUCUUGACUCCGGGGAUAAGCAGGAGCUGGGAUAUGGGAAAAAAAGGCUGACUUCCUUAGCAAAGGCUUAGUUCACUUCUAACCAGUAGGAAAGAAAUUGGGGUGAGAACAGUAUUUCCCAGUGGACAGGGCUCAGGAAUUCAUAACAAAACUCUUCUCUUCUGGCAUAGGCAGCUUGGGUGGUCCAGGAACUAACAGAUGCUGGCUGGGAGGUGCAAGAUCAAAAGAUGGCUCUGGGGAUCAUGGAACUCCUAAUCUUCCUGCCACUAAAGUCUCUGGUCUUUGGGCAAAUAAUUUCUCUCUCUGCUUCAUGAAGCAGUGAUCACAAACCUUUAAUGUAACUGAAGGAUAAAGGAUAGUAGAACAAAGUGAAAUGGAAAUGCAGUGGAGCGAUCACUGUUGAGGGAAUGGUCACCUUCCUGCCUCCUUUCCAGCAGUCAGCAGUGACUCUGAAUUGCUAAAAGUACCUGCACUUACUGACCUUCUGUCUGUCUGAGUUGGAAAUGAGCCCGAGGACUUAGCACCUCAGUUAGCAGGGAGAGAAUGAGGAAUUCAGGACUGAUCCGCAAAAAUCCUUGGAGUCAAUGUCUUGGAGCCCAGCAUGGCAGAGGGAAAAGAGGAAUGUGCAGUCCAGUUCAGUGGGCUUCAGGGCAAACACUCCAAGUGUUCAAACCACAGCAUUUGGUGCAAACCAGGCUCCGGCCUGGACACUGGUGUGGUGAGAGGGGUUGGCAGUGCACACACUGCUGGCCAGAAGCACCUUGGGUGUUUAUUGUUCUGGUUGGAGUUCCCUGGAGACCACAAAGCUCUCCCAAGAGCCAGGCUGCCCCGAGCGUGGUGUCUGGGGCUGCGUCACCUCCCGGAGCUCAGAUUAAAGACCAGGCUGUUCCAGGCUCCUCUUUGGUGGGGCAGAGAAGCCUCCUGUUAAGAUGCCAGUAUUUGACCCUAAUAAGCUGUGAUGUCCUUUCCCCAAAAGACUGAGGGCAGAUGGGUGUUCAGGGCUGGCUUCCUGACUCCAGCCAGUGCCUUGGAAGGUGCAUGCAAACUGACACUAAUACUCCUCCAUGCAGUAUAUCCCUGGAAAUCUGCUGCCAUCUCCUCCCGAUCCCGCUGCUCUAACGGGACACACGGGAAAUGUUUUGUUCCCCUUUUGUUUUUAUAUUGCAAGAUUUCCACCAAAAUCAGGGCAGUUUUGUUUCCUUAGGGGCACAUGCUGCCCUGAUAAAAGUGUUACACUUGUGUUUACCUGUGCAGGGUGAGGUGAAGGCAAGUCUUCCACAGUCCCUUUUGGAGGGGUGGGAGGUGUGGAGAGAGCACGUUUCCGUGGUGUUUCCCACUCAGCUGUGAUUGCAGGCUGUGGUAUUCAGCAAAGAGGUCCUUUCUUUUCAGAGCUAUUAGCUUUUAAUGUGAAAAUGGAAGAAACCUCGGAGGGGCAAAGAGAAUUGCUCUUUUUGUCACCACGUGGUGCUGUCACAGUGGGAAGUUCGUGCCAUGCUUGUGUAGCAAAGGCAAUACUGCCCAACCUGUAUUAGAGUUGGUGCAGGAAAACUUUGGAUCCCAGCAAGAGGCAUUUUCUGUGUCGAGAGGUGGGGGUUUCUGCUUAUCCCACGUUCCAGGCACGAGGUUGGUUGGGGUUUCCUUCUUGUGCAACAGCAAAAGCUUUACCCAUACGCACUGGAGAGCUGUCCCCACUGUCACUUUAGCCUGGUGUUGAAGUCACAUCAUGUUGUCCACUCGUGGUGGGUGGGUCUUUGUUGGGUUUGGCUUUAGUGAAGCUGGAGAACGAGAUUUGGGAGAAAGUCUUCUCUGAGCACACACACAUAAUCAUGCAUUUUAUGUCCCCUCAGCAUAGGGACCAUAACCAGACACAAUCAUGGGGACGUCAGUGGGAUCAGAGGGGACACAUCCACAGCCAUAAACUUCCCUGUGGUGUUUGUGUCAGCAUCUGGUACAGCUCUUCUUUCCGAACAGGCUGUGGGAUUCCCUCCAGCCUCUUCGCAGGAAAAAGCAGUAACUUGCUGGGAUUCUAUUAAAAAAAAAAAAAAAGUUUUUUAGCCUGACCUCUUUGGAAAUGGUGUAAAGUUAUGAGUUCACACAGUGGAAGUCCUGCAGACCAAAACCUGCUGUUGGGACAGGCAAUGUGGUCCCAACCAAAAUGGACGCGGAGCCGAGCGCUGAAGUCCUUGCGUGAAUGGUUUGUGAUCCACACAAAAAUAUUCUGCUUUCACCCCUUUUCUCCCCACCUCUGCCUCCCCUCCGGGGAGAGAAGGACUCUUACUGUAAAAAUACGGACUUUUAAACCUGUUGACUAAAAACAGUAAUUAAUAUUAAUUUAUAUUUGUGAAAGAAAUGCCACUGUCCUAGUGAUUUCUGAUGUAAAUAUGUUGUUUAUAUAGUAUGUAUGAAAUUUUCCUACAUUGUAAAACUGCUGUACUUUUGAUUCUUGUAUAUUAAAAAGUGUUACUGAGAUUUUCA